AUGCUCGAAGCCAAAUUAACUCAUUAUAGUCCAAUUGCAGGUCAAGUAGCUGGUAUUAUAAAUCUUAUUUGUCGUUCUCUCAUUAACAAUGUAGAUUGGAGUGAUGCAGUCAAUUCAGCAUUCACAACACCUCGUCUUCAUAAUGAUGUACAGAAUGUAUUAUUGCGUCAUCAUCGGUGGGCUGAUCCUGGUGUUGAAACACAUGUCGCUUACGCACCAACAGUACUCAAUGCUGCAUUACAUUAUGUUUCUGUAUCGCAAAAUGCAACUCAAGCGAUCGAAAAUGCUCAUGGUAAAGACAAAAGUUAUUGUGCACCAAUUGCAGGUAUAUUAGCUGGUGCCCGUUGGGGAUUUCCAGAAGCUAUAUAUAAAGCUAAUGUUAAUAAUGCACAAUUUAAAACUCUUGUUGAGACGUCUAAUAAAUUAUGUGCUAUUUGGAAACCAAUGAAUGAUCAUGUGCAGGCUUGA